AUGGAGAGAUGUGGAGCGAAAUAGAUGACCGAGAAAACAUACAAUUGUCCGAUGAGAUUGCGGGAAACAAAAACAAAACAGUUAUGCGGCGACGUUCGCGUACGAAUUAAUCCAACUGAAGUCGGAUCUCCCGGCGGCUCGAAGGUCCAGUUAUUUUAAGUUUGAAGGAUUCGGGGGAGAGAGACGCUGCAGUUGCGAGGGAUGAAGAAAAGACAAAACAUUUGACAGCAGGGCUUUCUCAGGCUGCUCACUCCGUGUCUUUGUAAACAGACCCUCACACGUGACGAUCACCGUCCGCAUUGUCUGAAGGGCUUUAAUGAGAACACAAAAGGGGCUUCUGCAGUUAACGCUGUGUCAGGUAGCGACGCUCUUACGAGAAAGCAGGUGGAGAAGAGAUGGCAACUGCGGGACCAGUUAAAAAAUAUUUGUUUUAAGCAGCAAGAGAAAGGCAAAAAUGGCUGUUUUGUGGAUAUAUAAUGAUAUCUCCUGGUUAAUGCAGCUGGAUAGCUGCCAUUUCACUUAAUCGGGCUCCAGUUUACCCUAGCAAAACUUAAAGCUGGCUAAUGCUAGCUAGCUAGCUAAACCUACCGGGCAACGUCCAGAUAGCCAGCUAAUCUGUUUGCCUUUGACUUCGUUGUCGAAACGGCGAAAUUAUAGCUUGCUGCUCUAGCUGGCGAGUUUGCCAACUUGCCGAUAUAUAUAUAACAAGAUGUCCUUCACAAUGGAAGAUAAUUUGGAGUCGGGAUGGGUAGCCGUUCGACCAAAUGUUUUUGAGGAAAAAGAAAAGCACAAAUUUGUUUUUAUUGUGGCUUGGAAUGAAGUGGAAGGGAAGUUUGCCAUCACAUGUCACAAUAGAACCGUACAGAGAAGGAGCGUUGCCAGGGACCCAGGAGCAGAGGGGACGUCCGCUGCAGGGGCCGGAGCGACCGAUGAUAAACACAAAACUUUAAGAAGUCCAGUAAAAGAAAAAGAUGACGGUGGUAGUCGAGCCAGGGCUAAAGGAAGACCCAGUGUCACAAAGAGUCACACUCGAGAGAAAGCAGCGGGACCCUCGAGUCCCGUUAAAGGUGGCAGUAAGGCUGGGUCGAGGGGGAGAAGCCCCACCGGACUGAUGGACAUUGAGAUCUUGGAUCCCACAGUCAUCAAAGGUGAGCACCAUAGCCUAGAACUUUGCGAAGUCGCGGAUUCGGAAGACUUCGAAAACAUCGCCAGGGAGGAAUGUAGUUGGGCUGGACUUUUCUCCUUCCAGGAUCUGAGGGCCAUUCACCUCCAGCUGUGCUCUGUCAAUUCGGACCUGGAACCGUGCUUGCCCCCUUUCCCCGAGGAACCCUCGGGGAUGUGGACGGUGUUGUUUGGACCUCCGGAGGUCAGUCAGGCGGAGAUGGAUACACUUUGCUACCAGCUACAAGUCUACCUUGGCCACGCACUAGACACUUGUGGAUGGAAGAUCCUUUCUCAAGUGCUAUUCACCGAGAGCGAUGACCCCGAGGAGUACUACGAAAGUCUAAGCGAGUUACGGCAGAAGGGAUACGAGGACGCGCUACAAAGAGCCAAGAAGCGCCUGCAGGAGCUGCUGGAGAAGCACAAGGGCAUGGAUAGCAUGGUGGAGCUGCUGGAGAUCUACCAGGAGGAGGACGAUGCGUACGGGGCGCUGGUGGAGGCCACCACCCAGCUCUACCAGUACCUGCUGCAGCCCUUCAGAGACAUGAGGGAGCUGGCCAUGCUGCGCCGGCAGCAGAUCAAGAUCUCCUUAGAGAAUGACUACCUGGGUCCCCGCAGGAUGGAGGGUUUGAGGAAGGAGGAUGCGGACUGGCAGAAGAAGGCCCAUGAGGCCGUGCUCUCCAUCCAGGACUUCACCGUCAAGUACUUCGAGAUCACAGCGCGGGCCCAGAAAGCGGUGUACGAGCGCAUGCGCGUGGACCAGAAGAAGUUCGGCAAGGCGGCGUGGGCCGUGGCGGUGGAGCGCAUGGAGAAGCUGCAGUACGCCGUGUCCAAGGAGACGCUGCAGCUGAUGAGGGCCAGAGAGAUCUGCCUGGAGCAGAGGAAGCACGCGCUGCGGGAGGAGAUGCAGAGCCUGCAGGGCGGUGAGGAUGCCAUGACACGGCUGGACCAGCUGGAGGCGCUGUACUACGAGCUGCAGCUGCAGCUGUAUGAGAUCCAGUUCGAGAUCCUCAAGUACGAGGAGCUGCUGCUGACUGCGCAGCUGGAGAGCAUCAGGAGACAGAUGACAGAGAGGCAGGAUGAGGUGGUGUACUACGACACCUACGAGAGCACGGACGCCAUGCGGGACACGGAGGACACGGCCCCGCAGAGAGAGGAGCUGGUCAGGCUGCGGCAGAGGACCCGGCAACUGGAGGCCAGAAGGGGGCGCAUCACCGCCAAGAAAGCCUACCUCAGAAACAAAAAGGAAAUCUGUAUUGCCAAUCACAAUGAGAAAAUGCAGCACAGACAAGGUAGUCAGGGGGACCACACGUCCCAGCAUGCCUUGCAACAGCAGAGAGAGCAGCAGCAGGAAGAAGAGGAAAAGAAGAGCAGCAGGGUGAGUGAGGAAAGACAGAAAACACUGGACAGACUACGCAGCUUCAAACAGCGGUACCCAGGCCAAGUCAUACUGAAGUCUACCAGGCUCCGGCUGGCGCACGCCCGAAGGAGAAACGGCAGCGCCUCCUCCCGGAGCCUGACCCAGGAUCAGCCGCAGUCCCUGUCGGCCGGCGUGCAGACAGAGGAGAGCGGCGCUGCACUGACCCCAGGGCAGCCGGAAGGGGCCGCCGCCUCACACCUGCAACCCACCGCUGCUAUUCCUGUGUCUGGCCAACUCGAAAGCGCCUCGUUACCUCCAGGGGGCGCCGCUGCGCUGGAGCCCCUCGCAGCCGCCCCCGCCCCUCUCUCCCUACCUCCAGAGGGCGCUCUGUCAGUGCUGAGCUCACCAGUGUCCCCUCCGCCCCCGCCGCCGCCCCCUCCUCCCCCUCCCCCGCCGCCCCCGCCGCCCUCGGAGGAGUCCCUCAGCGAGGGCGAGGGCCAGCCCAGCAGCCCCGUCCGACAGCCCAAGCCGAAGGGGAAGGAGGCCCCCACGUCCCCCGCUGCCCCCCUCUCCGUCCGCUUCUUUGACAGCAACCAGCUGGUGACCGCCAGGAAGAAGCUGAGGAAGACCACCACCCUGGAGGCCUCCCAGAGGAGGAGAGUGAGCUCCCCGAUGGACGAGGUGCUGGCCUCCCUCAAGCGCGGCAGCUUCCACCUGCGCAAGGUGGAGCAGCGGGUGCUGCGGCCCGACCCGGACGAGGACGACGACAACAUCCUGGUGCAGAUCCGGCGGGGCGUGAAGCUGAAGCGCGUGCAGCAGCAGGAGCUGCGCGACUCCCUGAGCGGGCCGCGCGACGCCGCCGACCCGCUCACCCGCAGCAUCCACGAGGCGCUGCGCCGCAUCAAGGAGGCCUCGCCCGAGUCCGAGUCCGAGGACGAGGGGCUUCCCUGCGCCGACUGGGAGAGCUAGGCCACGCC